CUGGGGAAUGCUCAGUUAAGCAGUUAUCCCUUCACUUCAGAGUUGGUUUUUUGGUUGGUGUGUGCUGGCGUUUCAGUGCCAAUUUCUGAUAGUGACUGGAUUCCUGCAGGUUUUUUUUCCCUUUGGCUGUAUUGAGACUGCAACAUGAGGCGACUUGGGAACAUUUUAAGUUUGUUAUGGAACUUGCUGGCUGCAGUUACCAUCCUGGGGCAAGCAAGGCCAAAUACGAAGCAAAAGUUGCACUCAAACAGUGGAUUAAAGUCUGACUGUGUGGGGAAUGUCAUGAGGCUGUCGUUGGACAAAGCGCUCGCAGUGGGAAACCAGCUCGAGGUGGAAGCCCUCAAUGGCACCAAUCAAAUUGUGUUGACACCCAACCUGGCUGCUCAGUGUGGCUACAGCAUGGAGUCUGACCCGUGGGGCAACACCAGAAUUUAUACCUCACUGAUGGCCUGCUACGUGGACAACAAAGACGAUACAACAUUUAACAUUGGCCUGAGACUCAAAAUGUACAGCGAGAGUCCUUCAGACGUGGUUAGUCAUGAUGUGACGCAGGCCUGCAGCUACACUCGAUGGGCCUCUAGAGAGAUUCUCUGCGACCGGAACUUCAUGGAAGUGUCAAACUUCAUUGCUACACCUGAUGCUGACGCUCAGGGGGAAACUCAGGAAGACAACUCAAAGAUGAACACUGUCCCUGAAGCCUCUGGUAUCUGGAAGAUGACUUUUUAUGCUCCCGAGCCAGUGUCUAUGGUGCUGAAGGAGGCUGAACAAGCUGGCUAUGGUGCCAUGAUGACUUCCAGCCGCCUGGUUGUGCGAAGCCCGUACAACACAGCCGAGACUUACUCGGAGGAUGUGGCUAGAGUCCCAAUGGAAGUUUUCAGGGUGAGCGCUUACUACAAAGUGCCCCAUGGUCUGAAUGUGAUAAACUUGGCAGCAGCUUGUCCCACAGGUGGCGUCCUCUUCACCGAGGAUGGAAUCUCUUGGCACGUGCCUCGCAAAGUGACUCCUCUGAUAGACGGUGCCUUUAAAAUCAUAGAAAUGCACAUGGGUAUCAAUGGGCAGCGGCUGGAUAAAUCUCAGAUGGCCAAACUGGGGUACACACUAAGCACUACAGACUACCACAUCAUCAUUGUGAUCCCAGUGGGCUCACCCGAUGGUUACUACAAGAGCCAUGCCCCAGAUUACCAGUACCACAUCACAUACUCUGUGGAGCCCAUGCUGGAGGUGCUGUGGAGGGCCGACAGCACCCAAGAGGACACCAGAUAUAAGGUUUUGUUCCCCAUUACCACCCCGUUGAUGCCCCGACCUCCCCACUUCAAAGACAAUACUGUCCCAGAGGACCGCGUGUUCAUGGUACACGUAGGAACCUUCCUUCAUGAUGUGGUGUUGACGAACAUCACAUUCUCCACUGGGGUGCUCACUGUUGAGGAAUGCAAUGGAAGAGGAUUUACUGUCCAUGAGCACAGCUUCCCCAAUGGAACCAAGAGCUACUCUCUGAAAGUGUCCUUUGACGCUGAUGUUGUCGUACAACACAAUCCUGAGCCCUUGGUUACAAACUACUUCCUCCCUCUGGUCUUUGGGUUCAUCAUUCUGCCUGAAGGAACGCCAUUUGCCCAUCCAGUGGAUGUACAGGCAACUCUGCAGGAUGUUGUGCUACCAACGGUCACUGGCAACUGCGACGAGAACUUGUUUUACAUCAGUGUGGCAUAUGGAAACCAAGGACUCAACUUCGAGACCAUGGUUGGACCGCGACAACUUACUGCUGAUUUGGCUGAAGACUACAGGUAUCACGAGAACGGCACACACUUCAGCCUGAUAGUGCCGUACACUGCCAAGGGCACAACGUUCGAGCAACUGACAUCAGAUUCACUCAGAGCCAGGCUUGACAUGCUGCUUUUCGAUCCGAUCAACAACUGGGUGCUGGCGGAUCUUUACCUGGCCUGCAACUUCCCGACGACGACAACCGAGUGCUACUCAAAUGGAACCAUGACCGCUCUGGCUGUCAAGGUGGAAUCGGUUCCCAACCUAAACCCCAGUUUGCUGACUCUCAGGGAUGACUCGUGCAAACCGACGUUUAGCGACGAUCGCUUUGCAUAUUUCUCCUUCAGCGUUGAUUCCUGUGGGACCACCAGAACCUUCUUGGGCAACUACAUGCUGUAUGAAAACGAGAUUGGCCUCUACUACAAUAAUGACGACAAGAAGCAAAACUACAACCAAGGAGUAGCCAACACAUCACCAAUUGAUCCCGAUUACAAGCAAACCAUUUCCUGCUACUAUAUGGUCAAUGGCACUCAGAGCGUUGCAUUCAACUACAAACCCGGAAGCAAUGAGCCUGCAGCAGAGAUCGGUUUAGGCCAGCUGCUGGUGCAAAUGAAGCUAGCUCAUGAUUCUUCAUACAAGCUCUUCUACAAAGCGGACGAUUUUCCAGUGGUCGGUGUUUUGAGAGAGCCUCUGUUUUUCGAGGUGGAGCUGAUGAAGUCGAAUGACCCGCAGUUGGACCUCAGCCUGGAGAACUGUUGGGCCACGCUGCAUGAAGACAGGCUGUCUCUGCCUAGCUGGGACAUUAUUGUGGAUAGCUGUGAGAAUCAUGAUGACAGCUAUGUCACACUCUUCCACCCUGUUGUGAGCGACUCCAGGAUUACAAUCCCAUCCCACGUCAAACGCUUCUCCAUAAAGAUGUUCACCUUCACUCGAGAUGAAGCAGUUCUGAAAGACGAGAUUUAUGUCCACUGUGAUGCAGUGAUUUGUGAUGUAGACAGCCGAGCUGAUGGAUCCUGCGGAGGACAGUGUGUGCAAACUGCAGAAGAGAAUACCUCCAGGCAUCAAGGGAUUAAAGGAGUAAAAAGACAAAAAAGAAGUACAGACUCCGAACAUCACAGACAGCUCUCCUCUGGACCCAUCAUUCUGUUUAAAUGAUUCAAAACUCUGAAAAUAAAGAAAGUGUU